CACCAGUCAGAUUCUACACUGCUGAGAUGUUGCUAAGCUACCCAUUUUCCUAAAUUAGUAGCCGGAUGUGAUGCCAUGACAAAGCGACGCGUGCUUUCUUGUGAGAGGGGGAACGUGUGGACGUGAAUUAUAAACACGGUUUAAUCAACAGUUUUAACUUUGUAAGUCGUAAAAAUGAACAACCGGUUACAGGAAAUCAGAGAGAGGCAGAAACUACGACGACAGCUUUUAGCACAGCAGCUGGGAGCUGAAAGUGCUGACAGCAUUGGAGCAGUGCUGAACAGCAAGGAGGAACAGAAAGAGAUUGAAGAAACAAGGGAGACCAGUAGGGCUUCAUAUGACACGUCUGCACCAGCUGCCAAACGUAAGUGCCAAAAUGAGGGAGAGGUCACCGAGGAAGAUGUUGAAGAACCAAAGGAUGAAGUAGAGCCACAGCAACCCCAUGAGAAUCUGCAAUAUGAAGAAGAGGUGUAUAAAGAUUCAAGUACUUUCCUCAAGGGAACUCAAAGCCUGAAUCCACACAAUGAUUAUUGCCAACAUUUUGUGGAUACUGGCCAUAGGCCACAGAACUUUAUCCGUGACGUGGGUCUUGCUGAUAGGUUUGAGGAGUACCCAAAACUCAGGGAGCUGAUCAGGUUGAAGGAUGAAUUGAUUGCGACAACAAACACCCCUCCUGUGUACUUGCAAGCAGAUAUGGAGACCUUUGAUUUGCGUGAACUGAAAUGCAAGUUUGAUGUGCUUCUCAUUGAGCCACCUUUGGAAGAAUACUACAGAGAGUCGGGUAUCGUAGCCAAUGAGAAGAUCUGGGCAUGGGAUGAUAUGAUGAAGCUGGAAAUAGAAGAAAUUGCAGCACCAAGAUCAUUUGUCUUCUUGUGGUGUGGAUCGGGGGAAGGACUAGACCUGGGCAGAGUGUGCUUAAGAAAAUGGGGGUUUAGAAGAUGUGAAGACAUUUGCUGGAUAAAAACAAACAAAAAUAACCCUGGGAAAACAAAAACCUUGGACCCCAAGGCUGUCUUUCAGAGAACAAAGGAACACUGCUUGAUGGGAAUCCGUGGCACUGUGAGACGAAGCACUGAUGGAGAUUUCAUUCAUGCUAAUGUAGACAUUGACCUGAUCAUUACAGAAGAGCCUGAGAUUGGUAACAUAGAAAAACCUGUGGAGAUCUUUCACAUCAUUGAGCACUUCUGUCUAGGACGAAGACGGAUGCAUCUCUUUGGAAGGGAUAGCACAAUCAGACCAGGAUGGCUGACAGUGGGCCCAACUCUCACCAACAGCAACUUCAAUGCAGAAGCAUAUGCCUCCAACUUCAACUCGACAAUGACGGGGUGCACAGAGGAGAUAGAGCGGCUGCGCCCCAAGUCCCCCCCUAACAAAUCAAAGUCUGAGCGAGGAGGUGGGGCCCCGAGAGGUGGAGGAAGGGGUGGCGCGUCUGCAGGACGUGGAGACAGGGGGCGGGAGCGGAACAGAUCCUUUCGGGGUGACAGAGGGGGUUUUAGGGGGCGUGGAGGGCCUCACAGGGGAGGAUUCCCACCACGAUGAUGUUAGCAAAAAUACUGGGGAAGACAGAAGAUUCAGUGGCUUUUGUGCAGUAUUUGCUAAGGGAGAAAAAACACAAAUGAAAAACCUUGUUCCACUCUUGGUUAUCUACUGAGAUCCCAUGAAAAAAUGUACAUUACUUACAAAAGGGGAGUGCAUUUUAAUCAAUCUUAAUGCCUAAUCCUAGUACUGUAGACAACAACUAUGGACAUAAUUACUGUAUGUAUUUUUUUUUUUACUAAAAAAAACAAAACAAAAAAACAUUUAUACUAAAUAUCUUAGAUUUUAGUUAUUUUAGUUUUUGAGCAACUAAUGUUCAUACUCUUGCUUUAUCCAAGGCAUUCUGUCACACUGGUAUGUACUGUAGUUCUGGAAAGAUACUCCAUUAUUUGUGUGAAAAGCAUUAUAAAGCUGUUAAACUGUGGGCAGUUUCAUUUUUUGCAUGCAAAAAACAUUUAAAACAGAAUUCAAUGCAAGCCAAUUACAGAAACUACUACAAGUACAUCCACACAUUUACAAGUAUACAGGUACUUGCACAGUGUUUUGUUAGCAUUUUUAAUAAAAUUUUAAUAAAAAAAACGUUCCUUCCAUCUAAA